GACAAUUGACACAUCUUCAGUUCUCAAACCAAAUGUUCCAAUGUCACCAUACCAUUUAAACCAGUCCAAGUAUAUGACAUGUCGGUUUCUGUGUUUUUGUUCUUUCAGAACUCAAAACAUGGUUGGUUUCCCAAUGUCGUCUUCUUUUUUUUUUUUGAUAAAGUUUUUGUUCCUUUCUUCCUGGGUUUUGCUCAAAAUAUCUCUUUUCUUUUUCUGAAACUAUAAAUUUUGGAAAUAAAAAAUGACCAUACAACCACAAAGCACACAGUCACACACUUUUUACUAUUUUUUGUUUGAGGGUGUUUAGUCCUGGGAAGAUGCUUUAUAAAAGACACUUACCUUCUGUCAUCUCAUUUGUUUUGUAGUAAUCUCGUGGCAUGUGUCUUUUUGCAUGUUAUUUACUCCCUUUUGUUUACGUUUUUGAUCAAGACUAUUAAAAUUUAAGGUUUAUCUUUAUAGUUCUUUUUUCUCUUUUUUAUGUUCUUAAAACUCCUAUUUGAGUUCCAUCACUUUAAAUGGUUCUUUCUCGGUCUCAAGACUUAGACACGACUGUAAGUUGUUGUUGUUGAAUUUCUUUUGGGUUCUUCAUCAAUCAUCUCUUUUAAUGGCUUUUUUAUUGUCUUUAUUAUGGUCUUGAAUUUUUUUUUUAAAUUUUUACUUGCUGUGUAGAAAAGUCAAUUUUGAUGAGAAUUUUAAAUUUAAUUUGCAGCUGUAAGGAGCAAGAUAGCGAUGGACCACUAAAGCUAAGGAGUGUGUGAUUAAUUUAUGAAGUGAAUGGUUGAGAAUUUGAGAGUGACAAAUUAGUAAAAUGUGUUUCUUCUUCUUUUUCUGUGUUUUCCUCUGAUUGGUUCAACAUAAAGCAACUUUCAAGCUUUCUGUGUCAGUUCAAUACUUUCAUGUGAUCAUAGUUGCCAUUCUUAGUUGGCUAUCUCAUAAAAAGAAAAGAAGUUGAAUAAAGUAGAAGAAGAAGAAGAUGGAGCCAACAAACCAGAAGUUUUUGGAAAGAGUUGUUUCACAGAAAGCUCUGCAAAUGGGAAGUUCAUUCCCAUGCCAAAUUUGUGUGGUGGGUUUUCUCUGUGGAGUUUGCCUCACUUCUUUGUUCUUGGCUGUUCUUACUUCUGUUGGUACCUUUGGCUUUACUGGGAUUUCAUUUUCAUCCUUAUCAAUGGGGAAUUCUCCAUUGAAUUCAAGUUCUGAGAUUAUCAAUGUUAUUACGAGUUCGGACUACCAAUCUAAAGUAAAAGAAACCGCGAGAUGGGUGGAUUCGAAGGGAAGGGAACCGGAGAGCGAUGAUGAUGAGAGGGUUUCUUUAUUGACUGAAGCAUGGGGUGCUUUACUAGCUGACAGGGAACCUGAAGAAAGCGAGUUCUCGAAAAGAUUUGGACUCAGCAAAUCAAGUUUACCGAAUACUCCUCAUUUGGAGAACUGUAAAUUAAGUGCACAAGUGAAUAAGCAUCUCGACACACGUUCAGGAGCCGGGAGAUUUCCUCCAUGGACAACUUGGAAGGGUUCAUUGAACAUGUAUCCUGCAACUGAAACUGAUAAGAAUUUAAGAAGCUUUAAGGAUCAACCUGUAUCUGAUGGUGCUUAUCCUCCAUGGAUUGUGGGAUCAGAUGAAGAAAACUAUCCUCUUACCAGGAAAGUGCAACGUGACAUUUGGAUACAUCAGCAUCCGGUAAACUGCCAUGAUCCUAACAUAAAAUUUCUUGUGGCUGACUGGGAAAAAUUACCUGGAUUUGGCAUCGGGGCUCAGUUUGCCGGUAUGGCCGGGCUUCUUGCUAUUGCAAUUAAUGAGAAAAGGGUGCUUGUUACUGGAUACUUCAAUCGUGCUGACCAUGAUGGUUGUAAAGCAUCGCGUGGUAGUUGGUCUUGCUACUUCUUCCUAGAGACAUCCCAGGAAUGCCGAGACCGUGCAUUUGAGCUUAUUACCAACAAGGAGGCAUGGGAAAAGGGAACUAUAAAAGGAAAAGAUAGUUAUAAAUCAAAGGAAAUAUGGACAGCGAAGGUUCCGAGGGAAUGGGGUGAUCCUUGGAGUUAUUUGCAGCCUACAACAGAUAUAAAUGGAAGUUUAAUUGCUGUUCACCAUAAAAUGGAUCGAAGGUGGUGGAGAGCACAGGCUGUUCGAUAUCUAAUGCGAUUUCAAACAGAGUACACUUGUGGUUUAUUGAAUGUUGCUCGCCAUGCUGCAUUUGGGAAAGAAGCUGCAAAAAUGGUUCUUGCAAGUCUUGACAAAGAUUGGCCAAAGGUGAUCACAAACCAGCUAAACUCAGAAAUUGAAGAAUUUGUGUGGUCAAAUCAUAGACCUUGGGUUCCUCGGCCGUUGCUGAGUAUGCAUGUAAGGAUGGGAGACAAAGCAUGUGAAAUGAAAGUGGUCGAAUUUGAAGAAUAUAUGGAACUUGCUCACCGUAUUCAGAUGCGUUUUCCACAUCUCAAGAACGUUUGGCUCUCCACCGAAAUGCAGGAAGUGAUUGAUAAAACGAGAUCAUACCCUCAUUGGAACUUCUAUUACACGAACGUGACACGCCAAGUCGGGAAUGUAUCGAUGGCUACAUACGAGGCAAGCCUUGGAAGGAAAACCAGCACGAAUUACCCUCUUGUUAAUUUCUUGAUGGCAGUUGAAUCGGACUUUUUUAUCGGGGCAUUGGGAUCGACAUGGUGCUUUCUUAUAGAUGGCAUGAGGAACACUGGUGGAAAAGUAAUGGCAGGGUAUUUAAGCGUCAACAAGGAUAGGUUCUGGUAGAGAAACCUGGUUAACUGUAGGCAUGUAGUAUUAGAUCAACAAUGUACAGCUAUUAAUUUUGUUCAUGCAUGCCAUUUUUCAAAUAAUAUUGUGCCUCUUUGUACAUAUUUAAAUGAACAAAGGGAUCUGUAACAACAUAUCUAACACAAAAUUUAGACAAGGUGAUUGGAUAGGUUUCAUGUCCCAGCUUUAAA